AUGCAAAUUCUACCACUGAGGAUCAUUCAAUAUCAACCUAUCGAAGAGUUUGUUGUAAACGGUAUUCAGCAAGUCAAAAAUGAAUUUUAAAUUACUUUUGUUUGUGAGUUGUGUUCUGAUUGUGGUAUCGGGCCGUCGCCAUCAUCACGACAGACACAAUGGCGGUGGAGGUGGUCAUCGCCACAGAAAUUCUCAUCACUGGCAUCGCCAUGAUCCAUUUGUUCACUUUGAAGUCCAAGAGCCAAAAGGUCUGACAGUGUCCAUGGUUCAGCGAUCGCCCAACACUACAUUCUUCGGAAUCGAGCUAUACGUUAACCGUAACCCCAAGCUGUCCAACGAAACACACUGCGACGUUUGUCAGAAUACUACGUCUAUCAGCUAUGGAAAGUUUAUCGUUGAAGAAGAGGAAGCUGUAAUUAAGAAGGGAGAUGUACUGUAUUACUAUGUGUUGCUGGGGAAUAGUGUAAAUGUUACUCGUCUGCACCUACAGAAAAUGUGGGUUACUGCUUCAAUCAUCAACCGAUGCAACUGUGAAACGGCACCAGUUCCUCCAAACAUUGACCUUCGCUUUGGGCAACCUACAGCUUCUCCCGAAGUUUCCGAUCGUCGUCCAACUUUCGGAGUGAAUCCAGAAAACUCGCCUGUAACAACAGAAGCUCCCUUUGAUAUCAAUGAAAACUUGAAUGAAUUGAACUCUGGAGAACUCUUUCCAUUCGAGUGCGAUCUAGACCCCAUCACCAACCAGUGCCGUAAAGCGAAAAGCGAUAAACUGCAGUCCAGUCACGAUCUGGAGCGUGAGGUGGAAAUCCUGGAAGCAAUCGUGGAGCAAAUGAGGAAGUCGACUUGUGGCUCACGCGGCACCACAAAUAUGCUUCGUCUGGAGGGUUCAAAUUUACCAACUAACAACAUGGAACAACUGAAAAAUGUUGUUCAGUCAUCGCUUUCGGUUAACUCGGAAAUGAAAGACUUGGUCAGCCAUAUAAAGAGUAUCAUCCCGGACAGGCGAUCCCCGAAUACGGUGUACUUCGAUAUGUUUAGCUACGUGGACAAGCAAAAGGUCCUGUACCAUGCACGGAUGAACAACAUUAACCAUAUCAGUGACUUUGACUCGCUGCGCUUACGGCCACAGAAUCGUAGGUAUUAAAUUCGGUCAGGGAAGUAAAGAAGCAGCUAGGUUUAUGAGAUAAAAAUCUAAUAAAUAAAACGAUUUCAUUAUUAUGCUA